AAUGGAGUUCGGAUCAGACUCACACACACUCAAUCCCGAUCCACACACACACACACACCGUUCCACUCCACUUCCACUUCUACUUGCACCACUAGUUCCGUCGAUGCUCGCGCACGCCCCCACUCUUGUGCAUUCAUUCAUAGCCCAUUCUUCUUCCACCACUGCCCCUGUAUUCCAUCACUUCCCUGCAAGAAUUUCCUAUUGCGCUUUUGCCUUGACAGAUGGCAUUCGCUGUGGGAGCUGGCGGGGGCUGGAUUGUACCCGCUUGAUUGACAUUCUAACUCGGCUUCGGAUUGCGCAGUGUCAGUGGCGAUUUUGUGGAUCGUGUGUGUGUGUGUGAGAGAGAGAGAGAGAGAGAGAGAGAGAGAGAUUGAGACUUUUGGCUCUUGGGUUCUGUGUCGCGACUGCAUUGGUGUUGCGGAUUCGGGUUUGAUGAUUAGUACAGGCAGGCAGGUGUAAUCGGAGGCGAUUGGCUAUGGCUACCUUGCUUUGUACUGCCUUGCCAGUGUCUUCUUCCUAUCGUUCCAAAUUUGGGGUUGCAUCACAGUUAGGUCUUUCGUCGAGGCACCAGCGUUUGUCAAUUCCCGCGAGCUUUUCAUUGGGUUCCUCUCCUGGUUGGCUAUCCACGGGGUUCGUGUUGCGGCAUUCGGCUCUAAUUUUGAAGGUUGAUCAGAGGAAAUUGAGAACUCUAGUCACGGCGGCACUUACAGACGCAGAACAAACUAGUGAAUCUUCGAGUUUGAAGAGGGACUUGGAAACAAGUGUGGCAUCACAUGAUGCAUUACCACCCAUUGAAACACGCAAACGUGUAGUGUUAGUAAGACAUGGGGAGAGCACGUGGAAUGCAAUUGGGCGCAUUCAGGGAAGCUCGGACUUCGCUGUCCUUACACCUAAGGGAGAGGGUCAGGCCGAAACGUCGCGGCAAAUGCUGCUCGGGGACAAUUUUGAUAGCUGCUUCUACAGUCCGCUUGCAAGAACAAAACGUACUGCCGAGAUCAUCUGGGGUGAUCGUAAGAAACCGAUGAAGUCGCUGUUCGACCUGCGCGAAAUCGAUCUUUACUCGUUUCAGGGUCUGUACAAGCAAGAAGGGAAAGACAGAUAUGGCGAGAAUUAUAGGAUGUGGCAAAAAGAUGCGGCCAAUUUCGAGAUUGAUGGUCACUAUCCAGUGCGUGAACUUUGGGCGCGCGCUCAGUCAUGUUGGCAAAGCAUUCUCAAUAGCAGUGGCACCUCAAUACUUGUAGUUGCCCAUAAUGCAGUCAACCAGGCUUUGGUAGCAACUGCUACAGGGUUAGGGCCGGAAUAUUUCAGGCAGCUGCUUCAGAGCAAUUGCGGAGUGAGUGUUUUGGACUUCACUCCACGGAUGAGUGGUGAUGGGCCUCCUUAUGUCUGUCUCGAUCGACUCAACCAGACUCCAAGUCCACCUUUGAUAGCCUCAGGGGGACGGAAGGCGCUCACCCGUAUUCUCCUAGUUUGUCAUGGGGCUACGGACAGCUCAACUCAGCAACGCUUUCCAGCGGAUGAGGAUGAGAAUGUGAACGUUUUAGGUGGCAUUCAGUCUGGGAAGGUGGCGGAGUUGCUUCUAGACGUCAAUGUGAACGUGGUGCUCCAUGGACCUCAACCUUGUGUUAAGCAUACAGCUACCUACAUUACUCAGGUGCAAGAGGCAGCUGACUGCUUAGGUGUAGACUGCUUGCCUCGCUACGUAGAUAUGAAAGAGUUGUCUAGUCUACGAGACAUGGUUUGGGGCGAAUGGGUGGGGAAGUCAAAGGAAACUGUGUUGGAGCGAGAGCGUUGGCAAGACUACCUGCAACACGAAGAUGUCCCUGGAGCCGAGAGCCUCUCCUCUUUAUGGGAGCGAGCGGGCCAGGCAUGGCAGGAGGUGGUAGCUGAGCUCGGCAACGUACCCGCAGCAGAUUCUAAAGAGUCCCAAGAACGUACAGUGGUAGUGGUCUCUCACCCAACUGUACAUGUUGCAAUGGUGGCGCAUUGUCUUGGCCUCACGCAGGCUGCCUUGGGAUCCUACCACCUAGACACGGGCAGCUUGAGCGUCAUUGACUUUCCUGAUGGCUCCUCGGGUAAGGGGAUAGUCAGAUGCUUAAAUUACACAGCUCACUUGGGGCGUUGGGCGGUACCUGUCACCCGCCCCACCCUUGCAGAUGAGGAUUUCUGAAUAAAACAUUGCUCAUGAAUUGUAUUGCAGUCUGCUAAGAUAAUUCACUUUAUUAAUAUUCUUUGCUAUGUUCUCCUCUGA